GUGCAUUUGGAGUUGUUAAUCUUGCUCGUUGGUUGGAUGGUAGUAGAGGUUUUCAAUAUGCUAAAGGACGUAGUCCACCAUGUUUAGUUGCAGUAAAACAGCUAAAAGAUACGUGUUCACAACACUUUUCAAAUGAAUUUUUUAAAGAAGUUAAAUUUCAUCUUGCUUGCCAGUUAGGUGGGAAUCCAAUGAAUAUAAAUAUAGUGUGGUUAUAUGGUAUCACAAAAGAUCCCCAAACUGGUGAUUACAUGAUGGUAAUGGAAUAUUGUAGAUUUUCGCAUUGUGAUCUUCAUAGUAGUAAUAUUUUACUUGGAAAAUUUGGACCAGUGAUUACAGAUUUUGGAUUAUCAAGAAACAAUAUUAAAAUAGAAAAAAAAGUAUGUGGAAUCAUGCCUUAUAUCGCACCUGAAAAAGUAAACCUUUCAUUAAACAUUAAAAACUCAUUUGAAAAUGCUGAUAAGACCCCAAUUGAACAAUCUGAAUUAAUUGCAACUCAUACGGAAGCUUUGUAUUUUGGUAGACAUUUAGAAUAUGAAGGUAGCUUUAAUACGUCUGAUGUUCUUUUCGAAUUAGGAAAUACUUGUCAGUUUAAAGAAAAAACUAAUGAUGAUGUCAUUAGUGCAUAA